UUCCUUUUUCUUCGUGUACCGUAUUUAAGCCAUCACUAGCCAUGGGUUCCAGCCCAAAGAGCCUUCAGGCUAUAAUGGGUGCGCCAGGGGUGCGGGGUAAGAGGGUCACGGCCCUAUCAAAAGGUGGCUUGAUCGACUUCAUGCAGUCCAUCGUUUUCAGCAAGCAAGAUUCCAGAGAACCCUUUUACGUGCUUGAUUUAGGUGCGGUCGCGGGUCUAAUGGACAGGUGGACCCGGGCUCUCCCAAUGGCUCGGCCCUACUACGCCGUCAAGUGCAACCCAGACCCGGCUUUCCUCGGCACCAUGGCGGCGCUCGGUUCAGGUUUUGACUGCGCAAGUCGGGCCGAGAUUGAGUCCGUUCUCGCGCUCGGGGUUUCUCCAGAUCGGAUCAUCUUCGCGAACCCUUGUAAAGCCGAGUCUCACAUCAGGUACGGGGCGAGCGUUGGCGUGAACCUGACGACUUUCGAUUCGAGGGACGAGGUCGAGAAGAUCCGAAAAUGGCACCCAAAAUGUGCUUUGCUGAUUCGGAUCAAAGCUCCGGAUGACAGUGGAGCACGCUGCCCGUUGGGUCCCAAGUACGGCGCGCUUCCCGAAGAAGUCGCGCCGCUUCUCCAAGCUGCUCAGUCCGCGGGGCUAGCCGUCGUCGGCGUCUCCUUCCAUAUCGGAAGUGCGGCCACGAAUUCGCGCGCGUACCAACGAGCCAUAGCGACGGCCAAAACGGCCUUCGAGACAGCCACUCGGCUUGGCAUGCCUCGAAUGCGCGUGAUGAAUAUCGGGGGCGGCUUCACGGCAGAUCCGCAAUUCAACGAAGCGGCUUCUGCCGUGAAAGCCGCUCUGAAAUCGUAUUUCGGAAACGAAUCGGGACUAACUGUGAUGGCCGAGCCAGGCCGGUUCUUUGCCGAAUCGGGUUUCACACUAGCCACGAACAUUAUCGGGAAGCGUGUACGGGGCGAACUUAGGGAGUACUGGAUCAACGACGGGAUAUACGGGUCCAUGAACUGCAUUCUGUACGACCAUGCAACCGUCACAUGCACGCCUCUCGCGUGCACAUCCAACCGUGCGAACCCCACGUGCAAGGGCGCUAGGACGUAUAGCUCAACGGUUUUUGGGCCCACGUGCGAUGCGCUUGACACAGUUUUGACGGGCCACCAGCUACCGGAACUACAAGUCAAUGACUGGCUGGUGUUCCCCAAUAUGGGUGCGUACACGGCGGCUGCUGGGUCCAACUUCAAUGGGUUUAGUACGUCCGCCAUUUUGACUCACCUCGUGUAUUCGAAUCCAAGCUAGCA